GAACGCUCCCGGUUUCUUAGUUUAAGAUCACCCAACACAAGGGAAACCGUUUUUAUUCAUGCUCACUGGGAGGGAUCUUCAUGUUAAUACAGUCAGAGAGAAGCUGCGCCCCACCCUUCUGCUGGGAAACUGAAGUAGGCACUCCCUUCUCUUAAGAACACUCAGUCUGACACACACACACACACACACACGUCUCUUUGUGGCCUUUAUUUGAAGUUUUCUCGCUUUUACGCACACGUCUCCUCUCCAAGUUCCAGGCGGCACCAGGAUUGCGCGCCCCGCCUCUCUCCCGGGUCUCCUCUCUCCCUCUUACACACUACCGUCGUGAUAGCAGCGUUGCCACAGUUACAAGUAGCAGCUAUUGGAUUAUAGAAGCACAACUUCCUUGACGGUCCCAGUAUCCGCCCACUGUCAACACACACAGAUCCGCCGGAGUCUCCGGACUCACCAGAGGAGAUCACCUGCACCCAGAGAGGCGCGUCACGGCAGCCUUCCGCCCAUGUGUUGCGCGCAACAAAGAACCAAGCUUCCUACCUGAAGAUCGAGCUCUUCUUCAGAUUCCUGCAGAUUCCCCUGUGUGUUGAGUUUUGCGGUGGUCAUGCAGGACAGACGCACAUUCACCAGCCCCUUCUCCAGACCGCGGUGUCUGGCCGCAGCGGCGCCGGCGAAGGCGAAAUUAACGCACCCGGGGAAGGCGAUCCUGGCCGGUGGAAUUGCAGGUGGUAUAGAAAUCUGCAUCACCUUCCCAACAGAGUACGUCAAGACUCAGUUACAGUUGGAUGAGAAGGCCAAUCCACCUAAAUAUAAAGGAGUAGGUGACUGUGUGAAGCAGACAGUUCAGGGUCAUGGUGUUAAAGGACUUUACAGAGGACUCAGCUCACUGGUGUAUGGCUCCAUACCCAAAUCUGCUGUCAGGUUCGGGGUGUUUGAGUUCCUCAGUAACCAUGCGAAGGAUGAGUCCGGUCGACUGGACAGCACCAGAGGCCUGCUGUGUGGACUCGGAGCUGGGGUGCUGGAGGCGGUUCUUGUCGUCUGUCCCAUGGAAACUGUCAAGGUAUAUUACAAACUGAUCUGUGGUCAGAUUUCUGAUGGGGAAGUGUCCCCUCCACCUUAA